CAGAUUCUCUAAACACUACUGUUAUCUUUUCCUAAAUCCUUCUGAAUUCUCCUCCUCAUCUUUCCUUGGUCUCAUCGCGUUUUCCAUCAGUGAAAAGUGGUCGUUAAAGAAGUUAGGACGUCAUUUAUUGACGUUUUCCACCGCGCAGCUCCGUAUAUCUCUGGUCGCGGUGUUAGCGCGUCAUCACGUUGGUUAUGACGUUUUUAGAGAGCGGCGCCGUUUCAGAGAGGAAUGGGAGCUAAUCAUUUUCCCCACAUUUUGAUAGUUUAAUCCGUGAAUGGCGCCGAAACAGGACCCGAAACCUAAAUUUCAAGAAGGUGAAAGAGUGCUGUGUUUUCAUGGGCCAUUGCUCUACGAAGCUAAGUGUGUUAAGAUAAACAUCAAGGAUAAACAAAUCAAAUACUUUAUUCAUUACAGUGGUUGGAAUAAGAACUGGGACGAAUGGGUUCCUGAAAGCAGAGUGCUUAAGUAUGUGGACAGUAAUCUGCAGAAACAGAAAGAGCUUCAGAGGGCCAAUCAAGACCAUUAUGUAGAAGGAAGAAUGAGGGGUGCUGCGCCGAAUAAGAAGAUACCUGCUCCACCGCAGAAAAAUGACGUGAAAACCAAAAAGAACAAACAAAAGACUCCUGGUGCAGGAGAAGGGACAAGUUCGGGAGGAGACCCGACCCACCCUCCACGAAAGAAGAGGGCACGCGUUGAUCCAACUGUUGAAAGUGAGGAGACAUUCAUAAAUCGAGUGGAGGUUAAAGUAAAAAUCCCUGAGGAGCUGAAACCAUGGCUUGUGGAUGACUGGGACCUAAUUACACGACAAAAACAGCUUUUCCACCUACCUGCCAAAAAGAAUGUUGAUGCAGUCCUUGAAGAUUAUGCAAACUACAAAAAAUCAAGAGGAAACUCUGACAGCAAGGAGUUUGCCGUGAACGAGGUGGUUGCUGGUAUCCGGGAAUAUUUCAGUGUCAUGCUGGGGACACAACUUCUCUACAAAUUUGAGAGACCGCAGUACGCAGACGUCCUGGCCAACCACCCAGAUACAUCUAUGUCUCAGAUCUACGGCGCCCCUCACCUACUCAGACUCUUUGUGAGAAUUGGAGCUAUGCUGGCGUACACUCCCCUUGAUGAGAAGAGCCUUGCACUGCUGCUCAGUUAUCUACAAGACUUCCUCAAGUAUCUUGUAAAGAACUCUGCAUCGCUCUUCAAUGCAAGUGACUAUGAAGUUGCCCCUCCAGAAUACCACCGCAAGGCAGUCUAAGGUUUUUUAUUUUAGGAUCUGAAGCCUUUGUGUGUUGAAGUUUGGAGACGACAUUUUUACCCGUCGAAAAGUAUGUGAUUUCACAAAAAAGCCUUCGGAGAACGGAUUGUGCGAGAUCUGUUGAUUUAUUAAGGAAGAAUCAGAGAAAGAUGUCACACUAAUCCCUGGACAAAUUCAUUUUCUUUCAUGUGGAAAGCUGCUGAGUACGCUCUUCCUGUAUUGGUAUGUUUUUGAGUACCACUUUUUAGUUUCUAUGAUACUUGUUUUGUCCGGUGGUUCACCAAGAUCUUUUGAAAAGGAAUUUCAUCAUGAGUAUUUUUUUUUUGUUUCCUGUCUUGGUUCAGAUGCUGGCUAAAUUUGUCUUGUAGGCUGUCAUCAUUUUCUAAUAAAAGUCUCAUUCUCAA